CUGGGGUAUAAAUACAAUAUUUGAAUACUGAAGUAUAAUACAAGUACCUCAAAGUACCAAGUGUCUGAGCUUCGCAGGAAUAAAUGAGGCAGCAGCUCACAGCUGCUUUGACUUGACUGUGAUGAUGAGGGAGCCGAGGUGCUCGGCCAUGCUGCGUCUGCUGCUCUCUGCACUUCUGUUUGUUGCGAACCUUAAAGAUGUCGACUCGAGUCCUGUGCGUGAAGCCAAGACAGUGCUUCGGGAGGAAUCGCUCAUCAAAGCGUUGCAUUAUAUGGAGUCUAACCCAGAGACUUUGCAAGAGCUGCUGUCCAAGAACUAUGCAGUGCUGGAGGGCGACAUGGUGAUGUCUACUGACAGGAACGCUGUGGGAAAUAAAUGGCCAACUCGGAAGAUCCCGUACGCCAUCAGCCCAGAGUUGGCCAGUCGGACGGACGACAUCCUCUCUGCUACGGUGAUGGUGUCUGACCACUCCUGUCUGUCCUUCCACAAGCGAACCACUGAGACAGACCACCUGCUCUUCAAGACCGGCAAAGGCUGUGCUUCAUAUGUGGGCGUCAUCGGCGGCGAGCAGCCUGUGUUUAUCGCGCCCCAGUGCAUGCCGGGCAACAUCGUCCAUGAGAUUCUCCACGCGCUGGGCUUCCACCACGAGCACACAAGGACAGACCGCAGAAAAUACGUCAGAAUUCUCCAUCACAACAUUAUGUCAGGCAUGGAGAAAAACUUCAAUGAGCAUCCAGGGAACACGUUCAAUCUCCCUUACGACAUCACGUCUAUCAUGCACUACGGGGGAGGGUUUUUUUCAGCCAACGGUCUUCCCACCAUCGUCCCGGUAGAAGAUGUGAUGGAAAUGGGACAGCGGGUUAAAAUGACAAAGCUGGAUAUUGAGAGAGUAUAUCAACUCUACAACUGUGAAAAUCAGACGGGGGAGGAAAGUGGUGAUGCUGACAAGGAAGGCGGUCCGUCUAAUGCUGAGAGUGAGGAUGACACAAACGCCCCCCUCCAGAGGUUGAAGCUUCCCCUUGGCACGACCAGCGGAGGCAACCGGAGUCAUGCGCCUGCCGACGAAUCAGAGGACAAUCGCGCACCUGCGACCGCAGCUCCACCUGCUUCCCUGCAGCACCUGGACUCUGCCACCGUGGGGCACAAUGACACCAGCCACACAACUGGUGCCGCCACUGAACCGUGAUGGAACCUUCAAUAAAACCAGAAAAUACA